AUGGACCUACACAUAGAACUCGAGCUUUUGAAAAUUGAUCAGAGCAGUACUGUUGGUCAAAUCAAUGGGUUAGAAGCUCAAAUUGUUACUUUGAAAGAAAGAGCUUUGUUGUUACAGAAGAGAACUGAGAGAUUGGAGUCUAUUAAUGGGGUUUCGAAAGCAGAAAGUUCUUCUGCCGCCAAGGACAGAGGAUCGCUAUUAUCGGGUAAUCAAUCUGCCGUUGUAGAGAAAGAGUCAUUGUCGAGUGAGAGAUGCUCAAAGGACGAAGCCAUCUCAGGCUCGGAUGUUUCCAAUAAUCAGGUACUCGAGGAUCCUAGAGUCAUGAAGAAUCAUGGCCACCCUUUAUCUAGCAACAGUAUCGAUGAGCCUCAAAAGUCGAUCAUUAAAGCCACAAACAUGCAAGCCACAGACGACUUACAGGAAAAGAUUACUUGCGGAAAACACGCUACUACCGAAGAACCAACUGUUAAUUUGGAACUCGCUGAAGGACCUCUUCCAUGCUACUGGCGCGACAUAUCAUCGAACCUUUUUCCCAAGCAUCGUUGUGAAUGGUCGGAAGAUUUGAAGUCCUUUCUAAUCACCGCAACUUUGUCUUUUGACGAUGAUUCACGUGCGGAUUUAUCACCAGACUAUCUUUUGUGGACAUGUCGAGAAUCCUCAGAGGUAUAUUUAAAAUAUUAUCACCGUCUUCGAGGAGUCAGACCUAUGGAUGGCGAAUACCAUCGCCCAUAUGGGACUCCACGUGCCUCCUGUGUACGAGUUCAAAAUGAAGGCUGGAUUGACUUUGAUGUCGAUACUUUAGUUGCCAAGAAUAUCGAACGUACUUGUUACACGCUAGCGUGGCUUCAGAGCCGAGUAGAUCUCUCCGGAAUUACCAAUCUCGCCAUCUCUGAAAAUCCUCUGUACGAAACUCUUGACGAUCUAUGGUGGAGAAAUGCUGUUCCAUUUCUCGUAGAAGAGCAGUUCCCUGGACUGAAGUACCUGUACUUGAUUGCUAACCAUGUUAAAGAGGCUGACGAAUGGGAAUAUUCAAGGGGUCAUUUCGGUCCUUUGGCAGUUGUGAAAACAACAGACGUCAGGUUCAUGAACGAGCUAAAACGUGUCAUACAAAUCGAACGACUCGCACUCCCUAUGUUCUAUAUUUAUAUGCAGAAGAGUCUCUCUACAUAUUCAAGCAAGCUAUGGAACAUUGUGGAGAGAUUAAGUGUAAGAUUCGUCUAUGCUAUUAACGAUGGCUGUCUGCAGGAAGCCGAAGGCUAUAGUUUCUCGAUUGGGUGGUCUGGGGGUUUGAUAUCGACUAUCUUUCAGAUUCCUCUUAGCUAA